AUGUUUGUCACAUCUUCAAUACAAGUCGCGUCUCUUUUAGUAGCCGUGAAAAUUUUUAAUGACAUUCUUCCUAUUUCUGCUCAAGUUACUAACAUACCUGGCGAUGGAAUUCCAAAUUUUUUUUUGACAAGGCCCAUUCGUUCUGCAUGGAUAGGUCUUUGGGUUCUUUGGAUUUUAUGGGCACUUUUAACACUUCUUAAAUUGGUUUCAAGAGAGACGAAGACCAGGAAUGCUCAUACAACUGAAAGGCCAGAUGCAUCCCUUGAAAGAGAUAGAGGGGCUAACGCCAAGAAAGGAGGAUUUGCCGAAAUUAUGGAUAAUGGGCCACGACGAGCGGCAAGAAUAUCUCGUGACCUUUUAUUGGGGUUACUAACAGCCCUGGUUAUCAACACACUCGGGCGUGGAGCAGGAACAGGAUCAGGGCGAGCUGUCGAAAUAUUGACAUGGAUUUUUGUAGGAUUAGCAAUUAUUUGGUUACUUGUUGAAAUGGCCAUGGAUAACAAGAUCAUUAGAUUUAUUUUUGGUUUCGUUGAAUAUAGUAUUUUAUUAGUCAUUUUUAUCUUAGCUUAUAGUUCCGGAUGGAGAAUAGCUUAA